GCAACCUUUCAAAUAAACUGUCACGUGACCAAACAAGACGAAGUCCUUGUCAAUGAGCGAAGGACGGGUUUGCUCUUUGCGGGAAUAUGGCCGAAAAUUGGGCCGACAGUUCCUACGAAGUGGAUUCCUUUAAUUCUAAUGGCGAUAAUGAUGUAUUUGAGGAACGAGAUGAGGUAUCGGAACACAUAAAUCUUCCGCGAAAAGCUAGUGUGCUUAAAAAGGAUGGUCGCGGUUCGAAAAGGUCGCUCUCCAAGUCAGUGUCCUUCUCAUCGCGACCCGAGGACAAAAAAAUUAUCAAUGCUGCCGACUGCCUCACGUUUAUGCAAAAUGGCUGUGAACUGAUGAAAAUUCGUUCGAAUUCUCGACAAUAUCAACGAUUCUUUGCCAUCGAUGAAGAUUUCUCUACACUAAGAUGGAAACCUUCUUCCAAGAAACCUGAAAAGGCGAAAAUUUCUAUGGAUACUGUAAGGGAAAUCCGAAGUGGUAAAAACACAGAGAUAUUCCGUGAGAUGGACCGUGAUGACAUACAGGAGGACUGUGCUUUCUCUAUUAUUUAUGGCGAUAAUUUUGACACCUUAAACCUUGUUGCAUACUCUCCCGAUGAGGCCAAUAUCUGGGUGACUGGCUUGCGAUGUCUAGUGGACUCUGAGAAAGGUACAAGAUCUCAUAGUCUAGUGGAGCAGAGGCAGCAGAUGAGGGAUAGAUGGCUGAAGGAACAGUUUGUCUUGGCGGAUAUGGGUGGCAAGGGUAGGCUGAAUGAGAUAGAGGUUCUAACCGUUCUACGGCAAUUAAAAGUGCAGAUACCAGAAGUCAUUGUCAAACAACGAUUUAAGGAGGCUACAGCUGUGAGCUCAGCACCACAAAAGAAUAGCUUAUCGCGAGAAGAAUUCCUCUCCUUUUACAAAGAACUGACCACUAGACCUGAAAUAUACUUUCUUUUAGCGAGGUACGCAAGUAACAACGAUUACCUGACUACGGAUGACCUAUUGCUUUUCCUGGAGUCCGAGCAGGGGAUUACAAGAGCAGGCAAGCAUUACUGCUUAGAAAUCAUCAGCAGAUGUGAACCAACGGAAGAGGGAAGAAAAAAGAAGUGUCUUGGAAUCGAUGGUUUUACGCAAUAUCUGAUGGAGUCUGAUUGCGAUAUAUUCGACCCGGACCAACAGAAUAUCUGCCAAGACAUGACACAGCCAUUAUCGCAUUACUUCAUCGCAUCGUCCCACAAUACGUAUUUACUAGAUAACCAGCUAAGCGGGCGCUCCAGCAUAGAGGGUUAUAUAGCCGCACUUCAGCAGGGAUGCCGGUGUGUUGAGUUGGACUGCUGGGACGGCCCAUAUGAUGAGCCUAUAAUUUACCACGGCCACACCCUCACCUCCAAGAUCAUGUUUAAAGAAACCGUGGAAGCGAUAGAGGAGCAUGCAUUUGAUGUCAGUCCAUACCCUGUCAUACUCUCGAUAGAGAAUCACUGUUGCGUGAAACAGCAACAAAUUAUGGCUAAAUAUCUCAAGGAAAUAUUAAAAGAUAAACUGUACACCGAGGCGCCUGGUGAGGACGAGACUUUUCUCCCAUCUCCCGAGGCGCUAAAAGGCAGGAUAUUGAUAAAGAAUAAAAAACUCCCGGCGAGUAUAGAUAACGACGAGGAAGCGGGUGAGGUGAGCGAAGAAGACGAGUACGUGGAGGAGAAUGGAGUCAUUAACGGGGACUACAAGUACGACCGACAAAACAGCCGGCAGGGAAGCAUCAAGAGACAAAGCGUGAAGCAUGAUGCGAACAAAAAUCCCCGAAAAACGACGAAACUCGCCCGGGAGCUGUCGGACUUGGUAUCUCUAUGCAAGUCUGUCACGUUUCAAGACUUCCAGUACUCGGCCGAUAAUCAAAAGUUCUGGGAGCUGUGCUCUCUGAAUGAGGCGCUGGCUCGACGUCUCGGUAAUGCAUACCCGGAGGAGUUCGUCAACUACAACAAAAGGUGUCUUAGCCGCAUCUACCCGUCAGGAAAAAGGGUGGGCUCGAGCAACUACAACCCACAAGACAUGUGGAACUGCGGCUGCCAGUUAGUGGCGCUGAAUUACCAGACACCCGGAAUCAUGAUGCACGUGAACUCGGGGAAGUUCCUGGAAAAUGGCGAGUGUGGAUAUGUACUGAAGCCAUCCGUCAUGAGGGACGAGAUCGCAUAUUUCAACCCGAACACCAAAGAUGCCAUUCCAGGAAUCUCCCCGCAGAUCGUGCAAAUAAAGGUUAUUAGUGGCCAACAGUUUCCCAAGCCCAAGGGAUCGACCGCCAAGGGAGACGUCAUUGAUCCGUAUGUAACGAUAGAAGUGUUCGGUAUCCCAUCAGACAUUGCGCAGGAACGAACGCGCACUGUCCCUCACAACGGUUUCAACCCGGUGUUCGACGAGACGUUCGAGUUCCACAUCAACUUGCCCGAGAUCGCGCUGUUCCGAUUCGUCGUACAAGACGAUGACUUUAUCGGUGAUGGUUUCAUCGGCCAGUACACGAUACCGCUUAACUGCAUGCAGCAAGGUUAUCGUCAUCUUCGUUUACUCGCGUUUGAUGGCGACCCUCUGGACUCGGCAACGCUUUUUGUCCAUGUCACCAUUACAAGCAUCAACGAGGCAGGGCAAAGACAAAGAAAACAUUCAUUGCGCAAGUCUAAAAAAGGUCGAGAGUACACCAGCAUGAAAACCGUAGGCGUCAAGGCUGUAGAUGAAACCUUUAAGAACGCAAUUCAACCGCUAAGAGACGGUGCAGACCUAAGGGAAAACCUGCAGACAUCGCUGGCAAACUUCAAGGAAAUCUGUGGUGUUGCGCCACGCUCGAAUCUAAAGCAGUGCAUCCGCCUGCUGUCCUCUCGGUUAGAGCCUGGGCCCGAGGGUACGACGCUGGAGCUGGUCCUAAAAGACGAGCUCUACCCAUAUUUUGAAGCUCUAGGAUGCGUGCCGGAAAUGAUGAAGAAGGCGCUGCUAUCAAUGGAGCAGGUCGUACAGGAUUCCAAAAAUCUCAUUGAAAACGCCGACUCUAUAUAUGAGCGGGUCGUCCAUUGCCAGCAGGCUGGUAUGGAAUGGCACGAGGACCUGUAUAAUACAUGCACGAAAGAUGGACUGAAGGGGAAAAGGUUGAACAAGGCCCUCGAGAGUUUUGCAUGGAACAUCCGGGUUCUUAAAGGUCAAGCUGAGUUGCUAUUGGCGGCGAAACAGGAGUGUCAGGACUACUUACGACAGAUCCACGAGGCGUCCGUCGCGUCGGGUCUCGUUCGCUCCCUCGACUCCAACUUAUGAUCCUGGCCUCCUGUCGUCAUUGUGUUUGGGAAUAAAGACGAUGCGGCAGCACUUUCGGCACUCACCACGUUGUUUGUCGUUACGGAUGAUGACGUCACGCUAUACCCAGGAUUGAGUGCUGUCAUUACCGUUUAAAUAAGCUUUUUGAAGCUAGUAAUCAUUGGAUAUUGCGGACGUUUGUGAUACUUGCAUGAAACUGCCGCGUGUGAUGGCGAAAUUGUAACAGCAAUAAGGGACAACAAUGUUCAUAUUUGUGCGCUCUAUAAUAUUCGUCCCCGCGAUCUUCUUGGUAAUUUUGUGGCUUAACCAGAAGACCAUGGGGACGGUGCUGAAAGCUUUGGAAAUUUGGCGGAGGCUGGCGACUGGGGCUGGUUUGAUAGGGUACAGUCUCUUGUGCUAACUUGUCCAAGAUCUAUAUAUCUGAAAACAAAAUUGCUUGUAAAUAUUGUCUUGCAAGCAUGCAAGAUGCCAGAAAUGAUUAGAUUUUAUCAAAAAAGUAGUAGAGCGGUUUAUUUUUAGUACGAUUUUUUUAAAGUUUGCAAAUCUACAAGAAGAAAAUGUGGUAUAUGUAAAUAUAUGGUGAAUUAAUAAGCCGCUGUAUUGUCGGGGUAUUUCGGUGAUCGCCUCUAGAUAAAUUAUCAUCUGUAAUAAAGAAUUAACACAGUAUCGGUCCAUAAAUAGCAGUAGCAAGUUUCAUUUCUCUUUGGAUGGCAGGAGGCUCUACCACCAGCUUAAUAAGAGCAAACGACUAACGACUAAAUAUGUAACUGACGGAACGAAUACGACCAAAAAAUUGAAACGACAGGUCGUGGGCGUUCAACACAAAAGCACUCGGCCCAGGCGUCUCUAGGCAGUGCGUCCAGCUUUUGUGACGUCACCCCACCAUUUUUAUGACGUCAACUAACUCUGGAUUAAGCGUCCGCCAUUUUGCAUAAGGGAAUGAGCGAAGGUGACCGAGAGUUCCCUGGGGACGAGGCUAACAUCAUAAUGCCUAAUUGGUAGUGACAAUACCGUUUUGCAUUUCCUUAUUGUUAGAGCAGUGUAAUGUUAAGAGGAUGGUAGAAGAUAUGAUAUUUAAGAAGCACAUUUGAUCUGGAUGUAAUACCAAUUUUCUAGAUGAGUUUAAACAAUUCAUAUUCUCGUCAGAGGCCUCGCCAAUGUUGUCAAAAUACUGGCCAUAUUACUUAGAACUUAGGGUUUAUAUUCCUGUAUUUGAUAUUUAAAGGUAAAAGUUCACUUGAAGUGAUUUAGGAGUUUGAAAUCGUUGACAAGAUUCGUCAAAAUCGCAGUAUGUAAGUAUAGUGACGAAGUAGAAUUUGUUAAAUUAUUAAUCUAAAUGAGCAAAGAAAAAUAUAACAGCCCCAUUCUACGGACCAGCGCCAUAAUCAAACAUUUUUAUCUUUACGUCCCUAUCUAAUGAAAGGUUUUGCCAAAUUAUUGGAUCAUCUAAUUUCGGAUUGCUCUAGAAAUAAGGGAAAAGGAAUUCCUGGAUAUGAGGUAAAACUAAAUACUUGCGAGGUUUAAUCUGAGCAUGAUUUUCAAAAGUGAUCAUGAUCAGCUUAUCAAUAGAACUGUAGAAAGAUUUGCUUUCAAUUAAUAUUGUAUGUGUACACAUGUGACUUCUUUUUUAUUGUCCCAUGCCCACAAAACACAUUGUCACAUAAUGCAAAAAUGCUAUAGUUGCUGAACAGAUGUGAUAACCUUUUGCAAUAAGGUAACUUAGAAAACUGAAGUGGUUUUUAUUACAACGUUUCGUACUAUUUAUUUGAUUCUUGUAAAUAAUAUUAAUAUCUCUCUACUCUGUAGAGAUCUGUGGAAAUUAUAAGACUGGAUCUUGUAGGAACAGUAAAAAAUAUAAAAAGGUAUAAAUAA